AUGAACGAGAAAGCCAACGUUUCUAAGGAGCUCAACGCCAAACACAAAAAGAUACUAGAAGGACUUCUUAAAUUACCGGAGAAUAGGGAAUGUGCUGACUGCAAAGCUAAAGGACCAAGAUGGGCUAGUGUCAAUCUUGGCAUCUUUAUUUGCAUGCAGUGUUCAGGAAUACAUCGAAGUCUCGGGGUACAUGUUUCAAAGGUUCGCUCAGCUACUUUGGACACUUGGCUCCCAGAGCAGGUUGCAUUUAUUCAAUCUAUGGGAAAUGAGAAAGCAAAUAGUUAUUGGGAAGCAGAAAUACCUCCAAAUUAUGACAGAGUUGGUAUUGAAAACUUCAUACGUGCAAAGUAUGAAGACAAGAGAUGGGUUGCAAGGGACACUAAGCCAAAAUCACCUUCUAGACUGCUAGAAGAGAAAAGUCCUUCACAAUGGCAAAAACCUGUUGAAAGAGUUGGGCAUAAUUAUGUUGCAGAGAAUACUUUUGAGGAAAGGAGGAAAAUCCAACCAUCUAAUGCAAAUCCUGCUACUAGAAUUAGUAUUCUUGCUCCUCCUAAAGGACAUGUUCAGGUAGCUCCAGUGGCUAAACAUCAGCAUAUUGAGAAAGUGGAACCUCCGGUGCCACAAGUACAAGCUGAAACAUCACAGACGACUGGCACAGUUCAUAAUCCCCCUCCAAAAGUUGAUUUUGCAACAGACCUUUUUGACAUGUUUUCUAUGGAUGAUCCAAAUGAAAAGGGCUCUGACGCAGCUGAUGCUACUGCUGAUGAUGAUAACAACUGGGCAGGUUUUCAGUCUGCUGCAGAGACGUCAACAACUGAGAAAGCGGACACGGGGAAAUCGGUUGAGAGCACACCCCAGCCCGUCUCUGGAAUUGAGGAUAUAUUUAGAGACUCAUUUUCAGUAACGCCAAGCUCCGCUCUUGAAAAACCACAAAAAGAUAUAAAAAAUGAUAUUAUGAGCCUCUUUGAAACGAACAAUAUAGUGUCUCCAUUUGCUAAGCAUCAACAGCAGUUGGCUAUGCUGGCACAACAACAGUCUCUUAUAAUGGCGGCUGCUGCUGCUGCUGCUGCUAAAUCUGCUAACGGGGAUGCCAAAUAUCCUGCUAAUGUACAGCAACCUGGUCUCAAUAUACCUAUUCAAAGUUGGCCAGCUGCAAGCUACCCAAUUCCAGGAGUAAUUCCCAUGGGUGGUCAGGGAGAAUUGCAGAAACUUAUGCAGACAAUGAACAUGACUUCCGCGCAUCCAGCAGAGAGCUCAGUUCAGUAUCCUCCUUCUAGUUUUUUAACGAUGGCACAAGUUGCUCCAGUUAAUGGCGCGGCGGCGGCAGUAGCGAGUAAACCUCAGUCAGCAACUCCAGUAUCAUCAACCACUACACAGACGGCAAAUGAUUAUGAUUUUUCCUCAUUAACACAAGGAAUGUUUGCAAAACCCUAA